AUGAUAGUGGUUAACAUUUCACUCGAUUGGGUCACUGGAUAUGGAGGGUCGGCAUAUUGCCGGGAAGGUCGGUCGCUGGACCCAAAAGGCAAAGGAAAACCUGGCUCUCUGAGGGACACAGCGGAUGAGAUCGAGGGACGAGGAAGCAAGUGUAUCCCUGUGCAAUGUGAUCAUGGGGAUGAUGAGCAAGUCAAGUUGCUGUUUGAGAGGAUCUCCAAGGAGCAGAAUGGACGACUCGAUAUCUUGGUGAACAACGCGUUCUCAGCAACAUCGGCGUUGCUAACAACGACUGGAAAGACGUUUUGGGAGAUGCCUGUAUCCAUGUGGGACACGAUCAACAGGGUUGGUUUGAGGGGCCAUUACGUGGCCACGUGGCACGCUGCUCAGAUGAUGGUACCUGCGAAACAGGGUCUCAUCGUCAAUAUCUCAUCGUCUGCAGGCCUCAUCCGUUUCUUCAGCGCUCUGUAUUGCGUGGGGAAAACUUCUUGUGAUCGCAUGGCGGUGGACUGUGGCCUGGAGUUGGAGAAACACAACGUUGCGAUGUUGUCAUUGUGGCCAGGACAAGUGACGACGGAGAUGGUACUAGAAAAGUGGACUGCACAGGACAGGACAGACCUCGAUAAGAAGAAUUACGAAUACUUCAUGAAGUAUGGCGAGUCAAUCGAGUAUUCGGGCAAAGCGAUUGUCCACCUUGCAAAAGAUCCCCAAAUCAUGAAUAAAACCGGUCGUAUUUUCAUCACGGCAGAGCUAGGGUGUGAGUAUGGGUUCCGGGACAUUGACGGUAAAACUCCGGAAAGUAUACGACAAGUCAAGACGCUGUUCCACUGGAUUGGCCACCCAUGGCUGGAAGCCUUGACACCCUCAUUCAUUAAGCUUCCAUACUGGCUGAUGACACUCAUAGGAAACCACUUCUGAAAAGGCACGGCGGUGUGAAUCAAGGAUGGAAAUACUGUAUAUUAUUCAUUACGAGUGAGCUAGUUCAGAAUUCCAACAGCGCAUGCCCGAACUGAAGCGCGUCCGAGGUCGUUAAUAGCGCAACCAAACUCGACUCACGGGCGUAAUUUGUUCCUGAAAGACCGUGCCUUUUUGAAAUACCGAACUGGCUCGUUUGUGACGAAUCCAUGGACCAAUGGGUGUUUCAGUUCCCCUCCUCUGAAAAGCGUAUACAAAUUUACAAGGCCCCAUUUUAGCCUCACCUUUUAAACAAAACUAUGAAAGGUUACACAAAGAAAUUUUCGAAAUUUUAGGCCCCCUACACUCGAAAAUUGGGCUAUGAAUCCGCCCUUGGAAUAGUUUGAUUCCCGAAACAUCCAGACGCCACUCUCCUCGGUGAUUCCCAGAACUAGUUUUACUUCUGGAAAUGAUUGGGCUCCAAGUCUGAUCCUCCACAAUCCCUCAAACCAGACUAAACUGGAUGUUUUUAUGUCGGGUUGUUGUUUUUGUCAUUGUCGUCAUUGUCGUUAAUAUUAAAUUGAUCCAAAGAUCCGUAUCUUGCCAGGUACUGCCGAAAGACGCAGUGCAGGUUUUUACGGCCAAUUUCGGAAAAUGUGCGAUCUAAUUUGUAAAAUUAAAUUUCAAUUUAGCGUAUAUUUUGAAAAUGACUUAAAACCUGGUCUCAUUUUUGCAAUAAAAAGCAUUCGACUUCGUGUUUGCAUCCUCAAAUAAAUGAAUGUGCAUUAGGCCCGUGUUUCAUUAAAAUACCUGACUGGGAUUUCGGAUUGACGUAUUCCUUGCCAAUGACGAUAAAUGUGCAUUCUUAUUCACUGAAAAUCUGUCUUUUACAGUAACCCUUUGGAAGUGAGCAUUCAUUUUCAUUUGCUGUAAUUUAAAAUCUCAAAAUAUACGUUCAAUUUGAUUAGAAUAUAUACACGGUUACAAAAAUCCUGAUACCCUUUUGAUAAUAAAUGUCAUGUUACUCAUUUAUAGUAUUUUUGUUAUCAAACUGUAAAAGAAAUUAAGGUUUCUAUGAUUCAAACGCAGCACAGCCCCGGUGUUCAUAGGUUUCCUGCAAUAAUCAGUCGUUUCCAAUGACAACAUGAACGGUUUAUUUCAAUCAUGAAUAAUCAAACAUUUAGCCAAUCAGCUAAACACUUCUAAGAAUGUAACUUCUAUUAGUACACAAACGAAUUCUAGUACUAGACCAGGCAUACCUUAAAUAACACACAGGCGAAAUCGCUUGCAUAUAUUUUUGCGAAAUGGCUUCAGUUCAAAUUAUGAUGAAUGCAGGAUUGCAGAGGUGCAUUCAAUUUCGCGCAAAAAUAAAUGUCAAUAUACAAAACCAGUAAUAUAUCAAUAUCAGGAAAUUGAACACUGACUCUAGACGACUGAAUGCAUCCUCCUUAAAAUAGAAUUUUUAUAUGUUAAAUAGAAACAGGGAUUUGAAUGUUCGUUCUAUUUCGCUCGAAAACAAAUGCUGGUAUUACUAAUUCAUUUACACAUUUUCUGAAAUUGGCUGGAAAAACCUGUAAUAUGGCCAAUGACAGUUUUUGUUUUUAUAUGUCUUUUAAAAUUGAGUCACAUGAAUUUAAUCGUGUGUUUUUAUAUGUCUUUUAAAAUUGAGUCACAUGAAUUUAAUCGUGUGUUUAAUUAAAGAACAAGUCUGGGGGCUUUACCAGCUUCUCUACAUUAUUUCCAUGGUGUUAUGUGUGUGAAAACGGGGAUGUUCAAAACUAAGGUGUGAAGAGACUUCUAUAAAUCUACAUUUUAUAUUCAAAGUUACUAUAUUUUUAUUCAAAGUACUGCUUUAAGUAUUACAGUUUGGUAGUAUUUCUCUGUAGUAAUCUAAAGACUAACAUAUUCAGGGGGAUCUUUAUAUUCCUGAAUAUCUCUAAAAUCAUCUAUUUAUUUUCUACGCCGUGGGAUUAAAUUUUUCGUUGUUACCUUUGACCAAUUCUUUCUUAUCAGUCUGACAGAUCAUACUCGUUCAAAUGUUUUGGAUAACAUAAUGAAGCACGCACUAUAGUAGAUCAUUUGUAAUGCACAGUAACUCUUCGUGUGGCUUAAUCGGUGAAAGUUCGAAUAAGAAUUUCGGAUCGUUUCUGUGCCCUUGAGGUGGUGGAACAUGAUCAAAUAGAAAUCUGAUUCAUACAUGAAUAAGAGCAUGUAAAAAACCGUUUCAUGUAAAAAAAAUUAAGUUGAUUUUUUUUCGUAUAAUCGGAUUGUUUUCAGAUAAUCUUGAGUGAUAAAAUACAAAUGAAAACUUGUGAUUUGACAAAGUAUUAUCUUACAGGGUUGAAAUCGUCAAUAAACGUGUCUGUUUAAUCGUGUCUGUUUAAAAAUCCUUUAGACUCGUGGUCGUGAUAAUUACUGCGAUUUAGAUUAGAAACAAAGCAGUACAACCUCAUGUUUAAACAUACAACCCAAAAUGCUUCACAAAUUGAUCAACUGAAUGAUAAAUUGUGUUCGCUGUUUUGUUAUUGUUUACAUGUAUUUAAACUUACAACUGUUUCUGUUUAUACUUGUAAUUCAGUUCUUUUCCUUAUGUUCUACUUUCCUUGUUUAGCCUACAUUUGCUUUGUUCUUUUCCAUUGAAAAUGGGGGCCCGGCCUGGCCAAGUACUCCCAACUGUUUUCUGUCAGACGUCACCAUUCAUCACUUGUAUUGUAUAAAAAUCUCUCUUUACCUUAAAUAAAUUAUACACCUUUAUUGAGAUUAAUGGAAAUAAAGAAAUAUCAAGCACA